AUGGGUGGCGGCGAUACAAAGGAUGUUAAGGACACAAAGCCAAACUACUUGAAUGGAUUAAAUGCAGCACAAUGCCAAGCCGUGCUUCACGAGCCGUAUUCAUCACUCCAGAUCCUUGCAGGACCCGGUUCAGGUAAAACUCGCGUGCUGACGACGAGGAUCGCGCACAUGAUCCUCGAGCACAAUAUCCUUCCUAGCAACAUCGUUGCAGUCACUUUCACAAACAAAGCGGCAAAGGAAAUGAAAGAGCGCCUGAAGAAGCUCAUCGAUCCAAAGAAAGUAGAAGGCCUGAUAAUGGGAACAUUUCACUCUGUCUGCAUCAGGUAUAUAAAGAUCUAUGGCAAGUUUCUCGACCCUCCAAUGACCAAAGAUUGGUCCAUCAUCGAUGCAAGUGAUUCCAAGGAUGUCGUUGCUCAAGUUUGUAAAGAGGAUAGUGGGCUCAAAGGUCUCGCUGACUACUCCCGCAACAAAAUAUCUUGGUAUAAAGCUAAGCGUAUCGGUCCAGAUGACCUAGAGGAUAUAGCCGAAGCAACAACUGAUAAGUUUGAGAAAAAGCAGCUCAAACAAGUUGCUUAUGUUUACGAGGAAUAUCAGAAGAAGCUCGAUAAAUUCAAUUGUCUCGACUUUGAUGAUCUCUUGAUUGAAGGUUGUCGCGUUUUCGAGCAAGUCCCUAACGCCAAAAGCAACAUACGUGUCAUGCUCGUUGAUGAAUUUCAAGACACCAACACAGUACAAUACGAUUUGAUGAGGUUGAUGUCUCGCAAUGACUAUGUCAGUAUCGUUGGUGAUCCAGAUCAGAGUAUCUAUGGGUGGAGAGCUGCAGAGAUUGGCAAUUUGCAGAAAAUGAAGAAAGAUUUCCAAAACACAUCCGAAAUUUACUUGGAACAGACUUACAGAUCUUCUGGUGCUAUUGUCAAGGCUGCAAUGUCUGUAAUGUCUCAAGAUAAGACAAGACCAGAGAAGGAACUUAAAACUGAUCAUCCAGAAGGAUCCCCGGUGACGCUCAAGGAGUUCUUUGAUGGAGACAGUGAAGCGUACUGGAUUGCCAAAGAGAUCAAGAGACAAAUUGCAUACUCAGGAAACAAGCUGAGAUAUGAAGACUUCGUAAUCCUGCUACGCUUCAAUGCCUUAUCUCGUACGAUAGAAUCACAACUAAACAAAAUGCGCAUCCCGGUCAGAGUUCUUGCAGGUACAAAAUUCUUUGACCGUUCUGAAAUCAAAGACAUAAUGUCCUAUCUGACGUUGCUGAUAAACCCAAGUCAUACCCCAGCUCUAAAAAGAUCGAUCAACGUACCAAAGCGUGGAAUGGGUCCAAAGAGUGUUGAAGACAUAGUAGAUAUAUCAUCAAAGGCAAUAUUGCCGCCAUUCACAAUGCUUCUCGACGGUUUAAUAAAUGAGGAAAAAGUCAAAGGCUGGAAGGCAUCUUGGAAAAAGCUUGAUGCGUUCGUUUAUCCACUAGAUGAAAGCCGUCAAGCACUACGCAAUGGUAAACCACUCAAAAGUAUAGUAGAGAAGUUGAUAGCUGAUAUUGAGUACGAAAGUUACUUGAAGGUGUCCUGUUCGAGUGAGAGAGAAGUAAACUCGAGAGUGGAGAACCUCAAGGAACUUUUGUCGUUCGCUGCCACCAUUGAUGAUGACUUCAAUCAAGGCACACUAUUCAAACCAGAUGAAGAGUUUGAUUCAGUCAAGGAUCAAAACUUUGCUAGACUGGGUAAAUUUUUGGAGGUCUCUUCUUUAGAUGUCAGUUUCAACACUGAGGCGGAUGUUGAUGAGGCUUUGGGAAAAGUGACAAUAUCAACAAUCCACAGCGCAAAAGGUUUGGAGUGGCCUGUGGUAUUUAUGCCAGCUGUAGAAUCAGGCGUAAUACCCUUCUUUAAAGCAGACACGGAAGAUCAAGUUAGAGAAGAGAGACGACUGCUCUAUGUUGGAAUGACUCGUGCACAGGCCGUGCUGAACAUUUCGCACGCUCGUUCUAGAUUGGUAGCAGGAUCAAUGAAAGAUAGAUGCCUCUCAGAUUUCCUUAAGUUUGCCAGAAAUCUUGAAUGCUAUCAAGAUGAUAUUAUGCUAAUUGAUGAUAAGCUGCGCAGUCAAUUGCUCUCCAUACUCAACCUCGAUUAUCCAAACAAGGAGGAUCUCAAAGCUGCUAUAAAUGAAUUUGAGGAAGCAUUCAAAGUCGACAAAUUGAGGGAGCAGCAGAUGAAGCAGAAUGAAAGGCUGAGGAAUAUUGAUGGUGAAGGAAAUGACUACAACGGCUAUCAUGAAUAUGAUCCUGAUGGCUACGACAGAUAUGAUUAUAGAUCGAGGUAUGGAAGAGGAAAGGGAUACAACAAUUCUUACCAGAGAUUCAGGGCGCCCAAGUCGAAUAAUUUGGUCCAACAACUUUCCCACGAGACAUUAAAUAAUCCAUUCAAAACUGGUAGUGGUGGUAGUAUUGCUAGUGGUGGUGCUGGCGGCAGCAAUAGAACUGCAACAACAAGAAGAAAGGUGCACUCAGACAUUAAGCCAUUCAAUCCACCACGUCCAGCAGUACCACCAGCACCAGCCAGUAAAGAAGUGAAAGCUGAGGUGGAAGCCAGUGGCAACAGCAUGAAGAGGUACAAGACAGAUCCAGAUGUUGAAAUUCUCGACAAGGCCGCUAGUCACUUUAGAUCUACCAACUUGCAGUCUUUUCAACAAGGCGCCGACAAGUGGAAGGACAGCCUGAAGGGCCUUUUACCUGAUAGUGGUAUUGAUGGCAGUGGUGAUUCUGGUGAUGCGAAGCCUCCGAAAAAGCCACGUACUUAG